GUGUAUGGAAACUACGAUAUCGAUGGUCUGGACAGUUACCCAAACUUUGAUCUGUAUAUAGCCAUAACUUGGUCGGCAACAAUAUCUAAUGCUCUGGAAGACCCUGAUAACAUGUGGGCAUCACUGCAGUCACAGGACAUGGAAUAUGUUACGUCUGAAGAAAUCAUUCACAUCGCAUGGUCAAACACUGUGUAGGUUUGUCUUCUUAAGACAGACGAAACAGUGCCAUUCGUUUCAUCCUUAGAACUACGGCCAUUGAAUAAUAAUGUUUAUCCUUAGAACUACGGCCAUUCAAACACUGAAUAAUUUGUUUCAUAAAUAUUAUUAUCCACAAAUAUUUAAAAAAAAUUGUUAUCACGAACUACAUAAUGUAAGUGAAUUUUAUAAAGCUACUGAAAUUAUAUAGAAAAUAAAUUUUUUUACACAAAUAUUUUUAAAAAUUGUUUUCAUGAAUUAUAUAUAAUGUAAGUGAAUUUCAUAAAGUUACUGAAAUUAUAUAGAAAUAGUUUUUUUUGUCUGCUAUAGAAAUAGGUUUUAAGCAUGUAAUAUAGAUUCAUAAUUGUUUUUUGUUAAAAUUAAUAAAAACCACCAAUAACAAAUAUUACAGGAUAAUUAUGUUUGAGCCAUAAUAUAAUACUAGAUUUUGACCCGCGCUUUCAAAGGCGGGUUUUUUUUUUUUCAAUUGACAAAUAUUUAGUAAAUGUCAUAUUUUCAUAUAUUUGUGUUUUAUUUUAUAAAGACUUAAACUUUUUAUCUUUAUUUAUCGUAUUUCAUUUUAAAUGACUAUUUAUGUUUAAAAAUUAAACUUUAUUUCGUUAAUGAAUUAAGUUGGUAUAACUCUGAUAAAUUAAUUUUAUUAUGAGGUUAAUAUUUUAAUAAAAAAUUAUAUACUUUUAAUAAAGAUUUAUACUUUUCAAUGAAAAAAUUCAAUUUUUUAUUGAAUGCUUAAAUUAUCAUAACAAUGCAAAAAUAACAAUGCAAAAAUUCAAACAAAAAAACUAACUUUGUUUUAUUUUCAUAAUAAUGCAAAAAUUCAAACCUUAUCUCAAAAUAUCUCUGAGUCGUCAAACAUAUCUACCUAUAUUGCAUGCUAAUCCCUUAUAUUAUUAUUCCUAUUUUAUAGUUAGAUGUUGCUUGAUAUGGUUGAUAUAAUUUAGAAUAUUCUUUUUUAUUACAUUAAUAUAUAGCAAUAAUCAAAAAUGUAAUCUAAUUUGGAAGGUAGAUUUCAACAGAUACGUGACAUGCGUAUUUAAGAUUUUGUUACACUAAGCAAUCUGGUUAAAGUCAAUGGUUUAUUUAAAGUGUGGUAUAGAUGGAAUGUUUGGUUAAUUGUUUAAAUUAAAUUUAGUUGGUUUGAUUUAAGUGUUAAACACGGUUUAGCCAGUGGUAAUCCUUUGUAAAUAUUUAGAAAAGUCAGGGGUAGUUUUCAUUUGUAUUAUUAUAAUUCCUAUUUUAUAGUUAGAUGUUGCUUGAUAAGGUUGAUACAAUUAAGAAUAUUCCUUUUAUUACAAUAAUAGAUAGCAAUAUUCAAAAAUCAACAUAUACGUGACAUACAUAUUUAAGAUUUUGUUACAUUGAGCAAUCCGGUUGAACCCGAUGGUUUAUUUGAAGUGUGGUAUAGAUGAAAUGUUUGGUUAAUUGUUUAAAUUAAAUUUAGCUGGUUUGAUUUUAAGUGUUAAACACGAUUUAAGUCAGUGGCAAUCUCUUAUAAAUAUUUAAAUAAAUAGUCAAGGGUAUUUCUUAUUUGUACUCUAGUUUUAAUAGUUUAGAUAUAUUUGGUUGUCUCAAAAAAGAAACAAAUAUAUCCAUUGCAAAUAUGCUUGGACAAAAAAACUGACCAUCUGUUACAUGUAAUUCGUGUCACUUUCGUAUUCAUUUUCAAGAGUUCUUAGAGCAUCAGUAGUGGUGUACUCAUGGUUCAGUCUCUCAACAAAAAUAAAAUAUUAUUACAAUAUAUCUUUUAAUGUUUUGAAUAAUUAGACCAUUUCGAAGUUGACACAUAGAUAAAAAUCUCUUGCCUCAUAAACAAUCGAUUCGUACUUCUCUCUUUCUUUUUUGCAUUUACUUUUAGGCCAAUUGCACUCGAUACACAAGGAAAUAAAGUUAUUUAGCUGUUCGAGAUACUACUGUUUGACAUUUCAUAUAUUCCCAAAGUAUCCCUAUCACAUAGACAUCAAAUUAAUAGCAUAUAGAAACCUUAGGCUUUCUAGCAUAAUAAUGAUGGUAUAGGGUAGUAAAUCACGUAGUAGAUUUCUUCACGACUGCAAAAAAUCUUCAUGUUCUAUUAUUUUUUCAGGCCUGCAAAAAAGCCUUCUCUUCCAUUAUUAGCCAAAAACUUUUCACAAACUCUUCUUUUGUUUGUAACGGUGGCAGAGUAUACGAAGGUGAACUUCUUGCCGCUGUUGGUGGAGUGACAACUGUACCGAUGGUGUCGGCACGGCUUGUAGAUUUUCCCGACUCACCGGAAGAUCGAAACAUGGGUCCAAUUCCGGAUAUGAUGUUUGCCGCUGGCGAGGAACCAGUAGGGGUUCGUGUUCUUACGUAUCACUCAUCAAGUGCCCUAAAGAGGAUUUUUAAUGCGUUAGACGAGGAGGAAGUUGAUAUUAUUAGGAGAUCUUCUUUUGGGAAAUUGAUAGAUAUAGCAGAUAAGCCGGUUUUUUCGGGUCGAUUUGCUAGGUAUUUGUUAUCAAGACAGCUGAAAACGAAGAAGAAGCACGAAAUCUGGUUCCGAUUUGCUGGCAAACCGGUUAGAUUUUCUCUUACAGAGUUUGCUAAUGUCACGGGACUACCUUGCGGUAAAUAUCCUCGGAAGUCGAAGAUGAAGCUUAAGAAGACAAUAUCAGAGAAACCGUAUUGGCCAUCUUUAUUUGGGAAAGUUGAGGUUGUGACAGUUUCUUCAGUCAUUAAAAUGCUUUACCGUAAAACUGUGAAGGACAAGGAAAUCCGGAUAAAAUACGCUUGUUUGGCGCUUCUGGAAUCUGUUCUGCUUCCAACAAGCCUUAAGAUGAAGAUAGCGAGAGAGCAUCUUGAAGCCAUUGAAGAUCUUGAAGAAUUUUUUUCUUAUCCAUGGGGGAGACUUGCUUUUGAAAUGCUAAUGGGUAGUAUUAAAGAGCGAGAUGAGGUAGCUUUGUCUCAAAACACGAUAGCGGUAAAAGGAUUUGCGCUCACCCUCCAGCUUGUAUUGGUAGAAGCAGUUCCUUCAUUGACCGAGGUUGUGGAAGAGAUAUGUUCAUCAUCGGAAUCAGAUAGUGAUGAAAUAGAUGGAAAUGGCCGUGAUAUAUUUACUAAGAAAAAAACUCUUAACCCCGCACACGCGCGAAAUGUGGACAAGCGAUGCAUUGUAAGUGAUAUGUUCUGCUUUUUUUAUGUUUGGGUUAUAAUGGGUGUGUAGACAUAGUUAUGUUGGAAUCUAAAUAUCUUUUCCAAGCAUGAUACUAUAUUUACGUUAACACUUACAAGCUAAUUUACAAGAUGUCUAUUAUAUCAAUAUUUAUAUGUGUAGGCCCAUGUUAAUUCGCUUAUAAAUGAGGAUAGCAGUCGGUCAAUUGACGAAGCCAAUUUAGGAUGGUCUGACGAAGAGGAUGAUUCGAAAGUUGACAACCUUGUAGCGCGCAUCAACGCAAAUCAUCAGUUUACAUCUUCUUUAUUUCGAGGUGGGCUUAGGCAUACGGAUGUGGAGCGAAUGCGAGAGUCAUGUAAAUCGACAUCAAAGUUGUUUUGCAAGUCAAGGAGAUGUUACUUAAGUUCAAAGAUGAGAUGAUACUAUCAGUUACUGAAAAGGUCCGUGCAAUGAUUAAGGAAGAGGGGUCUGUUCAUCGUCGCGCUUCUCACAUGACAACGGCACCUCCGAUAGAAGUACCCAGUCCAGCUACGGUUAUAGCUGGUGUAGAUGAUGCCAAUGCAAUUACUAUUAAUAAUGUGCUUCGAAACUUAAGCGAGUACUCUACACCGCCUCGAUCAAAUCGUGUGAGCCAGGUUAUAAUUUCGUUUAUUGUCUUCUGCGCUAGAUAGUAAUUUUUGUACUACAUUUUUAUGAAUUAAUUUGUGUUGUAACAUUAUAUUUUGUUAUUAGGACGAGAAUAAAACCCCAUCAAAGAAAGACCCUAUUGCUCCCGGAUUUGUUUGUGGUAGUCUGGAAACAGAGACAUGUGCACAAUCAGCCAAUAGCUAGAAUCGUGGACGCCAGAAUGCGUUUCAAGCAAGUUUGGUAAUAUUGUUAUUGUUUACAUUAAACAAAUAUCUAAAUUCUUCCACUAUUGACUGUUACUUCAUUAUUGGAAGAAAUUACACAACUUUGUCUUAUUGUUGGUAAAGGAGCGUAAUCAGAGGCAACGAGAAAACCCGACUGGUGAACCCUCGUUCUCCCUUGGUUUAACUCAGGAAGAGCAGAAUCCGGGGGAAGAACAUAUUUUCGUGGCAGACGUUCCUGAACGGGAUUGUAUUUCUCUCAGUAAAGUUGAUGACAACAUUGAAGAAGGUCAAGUAUCACGGAAAAGUAAGAGACAGAAAGCAGUUCCUUCGAAUCUUGUUGACGAUUAUCAUUGUGGUCAUCACAUUACAUCGCGAGUUCGAGAAGCACAGAAGCACAUAUUUGUAAUUGAUGAUCAAUCUGACAUUACAAGGAAGUAUGCCCAGCUGUCUGUUAAAUUGAGGGAUAAGUUGUAAGUUUUGGACAUUAUAUCAACUUUCACUUAAUACCUCUAUCGCUUACUUAAUUGUAUGUUUCCUUAAUUAUUAUAAUUUCUGUUCCAGCGUUAUUAAUGUUGCUGGAGUUGCCGUUUAUGCAAAUGACAUUCAACUUAUUCUUCAGAGGCCACGUCUUAUGUCGGCAAAGGUUUGUCGUGAAUGUCAAUUUCAUCCUCAACUGGUAACAAUAAUGGUUGUUUUGUCUGAAACAUUGGAUACAUAUUUUGCCAGGGUAUGGAUAUUCUUAUCCGAGUUGCACGUGUUGCGGUCUGUCCUCACCUCCCUCCAGAAGGUCCCCGUAGUGCUGCCUUUCUUGAUACGAAAUUUGUGAGUUCGAUAAACAGGACGUUUCCGAAGUUUCUUAAGAGUCGAAAUAAAGAGGCAUAUAUGUUUCCGAAAGGGUUGAAGGAUAUUUUUCCUUCUAAAGAUGAUCCCAAGGUUCACCCAAUAAGGUACUAGUUUCCAUUCAAUAUUGGGACGAAACAUUGGGUUGGGAUUUGUUUUGAUGCUCGUACUGGGGUUCUUACUGUUCUGGAUUGCAAUGCGACACUGCACAAGGAUAGUUCCAUCGAGAAGUAUAUCAAGUCCAUUUUGCAAAUGUUACCAUAUCUUGCUAGAUAUGUUGGUGAAAUCGUUGGAACGGAACCCGUUAUUCAGUGUUAUGAUGUUGCAAGGCCUAAAUCUGUUGCACAGAAUAAAAAUCCAGCUGAUUCGGGAUUAAUGGCAAUGCUGUUAAUGGCCACACAUGCAAUCUAUGGCCUUGAAGCGUGUAAAAGUCUAACUCAUGAAAUGGUCGAAGAAGAAGGAAGGAGGGCUGCCAUUUUGGCUUAUGAGUUUAAGGAGAAGCUGUAGAGGAGGCCCAUGGUUGAUGUUUAGCUUACUAUAAGUUGAUGCACUCUUUAAUUGUCUGUAAGGUGCGAGAUUUAUAAUUCUCGUUUAUAUGUAACGCUGCUUUUAUUUGUUCGUUGUGGUGUCGUCUGAAUGUUGGUUAAGUUUGAAUGUUCAAGGACAUUAGUAAGUCUAUCUUAUUUGUGUGUUCUUCCAUCUUCAUUAACCUAAAUCCAGUAUAUUUUGUAAUAUUAUUGACUCUCUCUCCUCUACCAUGCCUUACUAUUCCAAAUCUGGUAAUGUUCCCACAUAAAUUGUAAUGUUAUAAACAACUUCGUUUAAUUAAUAAUGUAUGGUCCAAAGCCGGUAAUGUAUUGAUGGUGUUUUUAUGUGAUUUAAAAUCUAUGAUAUAUAUUCUAUUGCCUAUUAUAUGUAAACGAAGACAUAUCGGUACCACUAUAAGACAGAAAUAUAAAACUCCAUGUGCCGGUCUCAUCAAGUCAGGCACGCACAUUG